CAACUAAAACAACGGAGGAGUGCAUACCACUCCCCCCGCUAAGUUCUAGCUAGCUCUCCAUUACACUCCCUCCCCAUUUAAAGCAAGCAAACAACACACACUUUCAUGCUCUGUUUCUUCUCCAAUCAAUAGAGCAUGGAAAAACUCAAACAUUGUCUUCUCCUCCUCUUUUCCCUUUUCCUUUUCUCCUCCAUUGCAGAUGGUGGUUCAAUAGGAAUAAACUAUGGACGUGUAGCUAACAAUUUACCAUCAGCAGUUAAAGUCAUAGCCCUCCUAAAAUCACAAGGAGUAGAACGUGUUAAGGUCUACGACACCGACCCGGCUGUGCUGAAAGCACUUUCUGGGUCGGAUAUUAAGGUUACUGUAAACCUACCAAACGAGCUUCUUUACAAUGCAGCUAAGCGCCCAUCUUUUGCUUACUCAUGGGUGCAAAAGAAUGUUGCUGCCUACUAUCCUUCUACCCUAAUUGAAGCGAUUGCUGUUGGUAAUGAAGUUUUUGUUGACCCACAUAACACGACCCGCUUUCUUGUACUCGCAAUGAAGAAUGUGCAACAAGCCCUUGUGAAAUUUAAUUUCCAUGAUAAGAUCAAAGUAUCUUCUCCUGUUGCGCUUAGCGCUUUGCAGAAUUCGUACCCUUCUUCAGCCGGAUCAUUUCGAACGGAGUUGAUUGAACCCGUUAUUAAACCCAUGUUAGAUUUUCUCCGGCAAACUGGGUCUUACCUUAUGGUGAAUUGCUACCCCUUUUUUGCAUACGAGUCGAAUUCCGAUGUGAUUUCUCUUGAUUACGCUUUGUUCCAUGAAAAUCCCGGUGUCGUUGACGCCGGUAACGGACUCCGUUACUUUAGCCUAUUUGAUGCCCAAAUUGACGCUGUUUUUGCUGCAUUGUCAAGUUUGAAGUACGAUGAUAUCAAAAUGGUUGUAACGGAGACUGGUUGGCCUUCGAAAGGAGACGAUACGGAGAUCGGCGCUAGUGUCGAUAACGCCGCGUCGUACAACGGGAACCUUGUCCGGCGAAUACUCACUGGCGGUGGGACUCCUUUAAGGCCUAAAGAAGACCUUACUGUAUUCCUCUUCGCCCUUUUCAACGAGAACAAAAAGCCGGGUCCCACAUCGGAGAGGAACUUCGGAUUGUUCUACCCGAAUGAGCGAAAAGUUUACGAUAUCCCGUUAACAAUGGAGGGUUUAAAGCACUACGUCGACAGGAGAUCACCGGUGGACGGUGACCGGAGAAUGCAGAAAGGCGGGAAGGUGAAUUUGUCGGGGCAAACAUGGUGUGUGGCGAGUGGAGAAGCGGGGAGGGGUAAUCUACAAGCGGCUUUAGAUUAUGCUUGUGGUGAGGGUGGAGCUGAUUGCCGUUCGAUUCAACCAGGGUCCACGUGUUACAAUCCUAAUACGUUAGAGGCUCACGCAUCAGUCGCUUUCAAUAGUUAUUAUCAGAAAAAAGGACGUGCCAUGGGUUCGUGUUAUUUUGGUGGGGCGGCAUAUAUUGUCCAUCAGCAGCCUAAGUAUGGACGCUGUGAAUUACCUACUGAAGAUUGAGAAGGAACUAGAGGGGAAUAGACUGAAUUUUUAUUAGCAGCAGCUAGCUCUAAUUUAUUGUAGCUACUUUCAGUUCAGACUAUUCAUUUUUGUUUUUUUAAAAAGAACUUAUCUCAUUAGGUGGUGUUGGUCGAGGAGAGCAAUGGCUUUUCUUCUAGUUGUUGCUUUCCUUUUUGUAAUUGUGUUGACACCAGCUUACUACUAGUAUGUGUUUCUAUA